AUGAGAAAAUCUCAGGUGCUAAGACUAAUAUUUACCUUCGUUGGUGGCAGUUUGAUGGGACGGAAACUUGUGAAUGCAGACAUGGAUGAGAAGCGUAACGGUGUUGCAGGGAAGUCAAAUGGAAUGUCACAGGGUGGUGGUGCUCGCGUUUCUGCUAGGAGUACUUCGGUAGACCAUUAUCAAGGGAAAGAAAAGGGAGAGUUGGGAAUUGUUGAGCAUCAGGAUGUGUUAGAUGUUAAGAACACAAACAAUGGAAACUCUGAAGCAGCACGCACGGUUGCUUUGGUGACUGAAAAGCAUGGAGACGGAAACAUCUCAGCCAAUGCAAACAAUGUGCUGUCACCUGUCAGUGGAAAGAGCUCAAAGCAGAGCUCGCCGAAGUCAGUGAGAAAGGUCUUCCGACAUGAUGACAAGCAUUAUGAUGAAGACGACAAGUGCUCAGUUGCUUCCUCAACUGCUGCAUCCGUUCGAACUAUUAAAUCUGUCACUGUUGGCACAGCUCCCACUUUCAAAUCUGCUGAACGUGCCCACAGGCGAAGGGAGUUUUAUACAAAAUUGGAGGAAAAACACAAAGCUCUGGAGACUGAGAAAAGCCAGGCUGAGGCUAGGACCAAGGAAGAGCAUCAAGCAGCCAUCAGGCAGAUGAGAAAGAACAUGGUGUUUAGAGCAAACCCAGUGCCUAAUUUCUACUAUGAGCCACCUCCACCGAAGACUGAACUGAAAAAGCUGCCAUUGACGCGGCCAGUAUCACCGAAGCUUAACCGGAGAAAGAGCUGCGGAGAUGCAGCUGUGAGCACAUAUCAGGAGCAAGAUCAACAACAGGUCAUCAGCAAGCAUUGUGCCAGGCAGCGCCACAGCCUUGGCAGCCAUGCCCAUAAAGAAUCCCCAUCUGGUCCAAGAGCCAGGACUCGUACCAGCAGCGGUGGACAGACAGCAAAUGGCAGUACCCACCACAACAAGGCAAAAAGGGAUUCUGGGUCGGAACAACAUGUAACUACUACUACCACCACAAAUGCUGCUGCUCCUGCAAACAUGGCCGCUGAGCAGCCAAGCGUCAACAUCUCUGUUGAGUCAUGA